UUACUUAACAGGCAGUUACAUUUCAUCUCAAUUUCAAUUAACAUCAAUCCAUUUAUUGGCAUGCCAUUUUGAAAUCAAUUCGCGAAAUGUGCAGAGUUCUGAAACGUGAAAUACAAUUCUAAAUCGUGCCGCGUUAAGUGUACAUAUAGUUGAAGUUUCUUCAACUUAAACAGAUGUAAAUAUAUUAAAGAUAUUUACGAAACUUAUUUUGCGAAAGAGUGAAAAUGACGAUAGUGGAAGAUAAAAGUUUGAGCGAAACACUCGCAAAAAAGGAUUCGACAAAAAUAACGAAAUCAGAACCGGACGAUGUCCGACCGCUCAAAUUAAAGGUGUAUAAAAAAAGAUGGCUAAUGCUGGCCAUCUACAUGUUUUACGCUGGAUCAAACUCUUCUCAAUGGAUAGAAUACUCGAUUAUAACUAACAUAGUUACCAGGUAUUAUGGAGUGUCUUCGUUAAUGGUUGACUGGACCUCGAUGUCGUUCAUGGCAUUUUACGCGGCGUUUAUAUUCCCAGCGUCGUAUGUGACAGACAGGUGCGGCCUGCGAUGGACCACCAUCAUAGGCACCGGCUUAAAUUGUCUGGGUGCCUGGAUAAAAACCUUUUCCAUUCAACCCGACAGGUUUCACGUCGCUUUCAUCGGUCAUUCGGUAGUCGCGCUCGCCCAGACUAUGGUCCUGCCGUUACCAGGACGCAUAGCCGCGCAAUGGUUUCCUGCUACCGAACUCUCGACCGCCACGUCUUUGGGUAUUUUCGGCAAUCAAUUAGGAGUAUCGUUGGGUUUUCUCUUAGGGCCCGUAAUAGUGAAAAACCACAAGAACCUGGAUGACAUUGGCAAAGAUUUGUCACGUUUAUGCUGGAUCGUUGCAGUCGUCGCCACGAUUGCAUUUGCUCUAGUCCUUAUACUAUUUCAGGACGAACCGAAACUGCCGCCGAGCGAGACAAGGGCGCUGCAAAAAAUUAAUCGGACGAAGAAAAGAGAGGAAUUCGUGGCGCCGAUUAAAAGGCUCUGCAAAAAUAAAAACUUUAUCAUGCUCUGUAAUUCCUACGGUUUCAAUGUCGGCGUGCUGAAUGCCGUUUCUACAUUACUCAAUCAGAUAUUCCUCGCACACUUCGAAAACGGAGAAGAAGAUGCAGGCAGAAUUGGCUUAGCUAUAAUUUUGACCGGUAUGGCCGGUUCUGUUAGUUUUGGUAUGAUCCUUGACAGAACACAUAAGUUCAAACAAACUGCCGUGACUGUAUAUUUUCUUACUUUUUGUGGUCAAAUACUAUUUGCGGUGUCCAUUUGCUUUGGCAUAAAAUGGAUGGUAUAUGUGUCGGCGAUUUUCUUAGGAUACUUCAUGUCAGGAUAUCUAGCGUUGGGAUAUGACUUGUGCACCGAAUUUACCUAUCCAGAAUCGGAGAAUAUACCCGCGGGAUUUCUCAAUAUAACGACCAGCAUGUACGGCAUUGUACUCAUUAUAAUAUUUGGAUUGUUACUAAACGCGUACGGCGAUAUUCCGGUGCACAUCGGUUUAUGUUUGGUUUUACUGCUCGGAUUCAUCUUGACCGCCGUAACGAAAGACGAGCAAAGACGACAAGAUGCGAGGAAGAAGGCUCAGUAUCAAGAACACGCGAGAAUUGAGAAAAAUGUCGACGACCUCAUCCUCGUCCUCCUUUAUAUCGGACUGGCGGUGACGUCAGAUUUAUCGGGGUACAAGCCCAGGGGCUGGCGUCCUAAUGGCCGGCGUUUUAAUCCCAACAACAAUCGAUUGCCCGCGUAUUACGGUGCUCGUGGAUUACAAAGCUACGAACCCCCGGAUACCGCAACUACCUAUCGCGACCCGUUAUUCACCACGACUACGACAACGCGGCCACAAACUACCAGCACCGUAAGAACCACGACAACACCUCGCAGCAGGGAACCCACGACGGCGCCGAACGAACAGCCCGAGGACGAUUUCGAGACGAAUCCGGCACUGGCGAUCGCGAAUUCUUUCGCGUUUAAUCGACCUGUAUACGUCUACAAUACCUUCCCGUUUCUACCGGCUCAGUUUAUCGCGUAGCAACGCGAAAUAAAAAAUAUCCGCAUCGCGAUAUUGGAAUGAGUAACGGAAGUGAGCGUUUAAUUAUUGAGGAAAGA